AUGGUGUUCAACCCGCCUAGUUGGGUGCCAAAGCUCCCAUUCGACCCACCGGACUCGAUCCCAAUAGGCGAGUUCUGGCACAACGAGAGGUAUGGCCGCCACCCGCUCGACAAGUCGCUGAAUGCUUUCACCUGCGGCGUCACGGGGAAGGCCUACAGCAACGAUGAGAUGAAGGAGCGGUACGAGUUGCUGGCCCGGGCGCUGUCGAAGCGCCUGGGAUGGCGAGCGAAUGAGGAGACACCCUGGGACAAGGUCGUGGGCGUCUUCUCCUUCAACUCGAUUGACUACAUAAUGGCUACCUUUGCAGUUCACCGUCUCUCCGGCAUUGCAACCCCGGCCAAUGCCAUGUACUCAUCCUCGGAGCUCGAGUACCAGCUCAAAGCCUCGGGGGCCAAGGCUCUGAUCACCUGUGCUCCGCUGCUGGACACGGCGCUGAAAGCUGCAAAGGCAGUCGGGAUACCCGAGGACAAAGUGUUCUUGAACGAAGGGGCGUGGGAGUCCCAAAAGCUGCCGUUCAAGACGCUCAACGAGCUUAUCGAGGAGGGCCAGGCACUGCCUGAACUGGAGCCCCUGCACUGGUCCAAGGGACAGGGAGCUCGGCAGGUCGCGUACCUGUGUUUUUCCAGCGGAACUUCCGGCUUGCCCAAGGCGGUCAUGAUCGCGCACCGAAACGUGAUUGCGAACAUGAUGCAGAUUCGGUGGCAUGAGUCCGUGGGAAGAGAGCUCAAAGGGGUAUCAGCGCAAACUGUGUUGGGGCUGUUGCCUAUGAGCCAUAUCUACGGGCUCGUGGUGGUGUCGCUAGCCGGCAUGUAUCGUGGUGAUAGUGUUAUUGUCCUCCCGCGGUUCGAGCUGCAGCCGCUGCUGGAGACGAUACAGAGAUUCAAAAUCAACUUCUUGUACCUGGUCCCGCCCAUCAUCAUUCAACUGCUCCGCAACCCUGAACUAUGUUCCAAGUACGAUCUCUCUUCCGUCCGUCACAUCUUUACUGGCGCCGCACCAUUGGGGGCCGAGACGCACGAGGACGUGCUGAAGUCUUUCCCGGGCUGGAACAUAGCUCAAGGGUAUGGUAUGACGGAAACUAGCACCGUGGCACUCAGUUCAAGCGAGCACGACAUCGUGAUUGGAACAUCCGGGUCGCUGGUUCCCAGCACCCGAGCCAAGAUCAUCGGCGAAGACGGUCACGAGAUUACCGAAUACGGGAAGCGAGGCGAGCUAUACAUUCAAAGCCCCUCGGUCACUCUCGGCUACCUGAACAAUGAGAAGGCAACUGCGGAGGCGUACAUCCACGACGAGGAUGGGCGGUGGAUCCGCACCGGCGACGUGGCCGUUGUCACGAAGAACGAGGCUGGCAACGAGCAUUUUGCCAUCGUGGAUCGCAUGAAGGAGCUGAUCAAGACAAAGGGCCACCAAGUUGCGCCUGCGGAGCUCGAGGCUCAUCUGCUAUCACACCCGGCCGUCAACGACUGCACCGUCAUCCCCGUGCCGGAUGAGAGCGCGGGUGAGGUGCCCAAGGCGUUCGUAGUCAAGUCGGCAGCCUACCAGUCCAAAUCCGACGAGGAGACGGCGCGGGAGAUCUGCAAGCACGUCGAGGACCACAAGGCCCGGUACAAGUGGCUGAAGGGCGGCGUCGAGUUCAUCGAUGUGGUUCCCAAGAGCCCGAGCGGCAAGAUCCUGCGGCGGUUGCUGAAGGACAGGGAGAGUGAGAAGAGGAGGAAGGCUGGGGCGAAGCUGUGA